AUGGGGCAUCACAAGUGGACAAAGAUGGUGCCCUCCACCUGGAGGGAAGGGAGAUGGGCGAUCCGGAGCAUGCUCUGGGUCAACAAAGAAGUCGAAGCAGAGCAAGUCCCUAUGGAUUCUCCAGACAUCACAGCAGCGGUGAUUAGGCUCCCCGAGCGAGUGGUCUUCACGGCAUCAGUCUACGUAGAAGGGGGCAAUGUCUCCGCUUUGGACGAUGCGUGCAGUCGUUUACGCGGUGCGAUCACGAAGGUACGACGGGACACCGGUGCGGUGGUCGAUAUUUUGAUCAUGGGGGACUUCAACCGACACGAUCAACUUUGGGGUGGAGAUGAGGUGUCGCUGGGAAGACAAGGGGAAGCGGAUCCGAUCAUCGACCUCAUGAAUGAGUUCGCGCUCAGUAGCUUGCUCAAACGCGGCACCAAGACAUGGCAUGGCGGCGGACAAAGUGGAGACUGCGAGUCUACCAUCGAUCUAGUCCUAGCUUCAGAGAAUUUGACGGAAUCCAUGACGAAAUGUGCUUUACUCGAGACAGACCACGGCUCUGAUCACUGCGCCAUUGAGUCCGUGUUCGACACCCAGUGGUCGGGCCCAAAGCACCAAGAGCGACUUUUACUGAAGAAUGCACCAUGGAAGGAGAUUAACGCCAGGAUUCAAAUGGCUCUAGCCACCCUUCCGUCGGAGUGCACUGUACAGCAGAAAACGGAUCGGCUGAUGGCGGCAGUUUCGGAAGCGGUGCACGCUUUAACACCGAGAGCGAAAGCAUCACCCCAUGCGAAGCGAUGGUGGACAACUGACCUCACUCAACUCCGUCACAUAUACACGUACUGGAGAAACCGCGCUCGCUCCGAGCGACGGGUAGGUCGAAGAGUACCUCGGCUUGAAAUGAUGGCCCAGGAUGCGGCCAAACAAUACCACGAUGCCAUCCGCAAACAAAAGAAGAAGCACUGGAACGAUUUUCUCGCAGACAACGACAACAUCUGGAAAGCCGCCAAGUACCUCAAGUCGGGGGACGACGCCGCGUUCGGGAAGAUUCCGCAGCUCCUCAGAGCAGAUGGAACUACUACCAACGAUCACAAGGAGCAAGCGGAGGAACUGCUAUCCAAGUUCUUCCCGCCUUUGCCAGAGAACAUCGACGAGGAAGGAGUGAGACCACAAAGAGCGCCUGUAGACAUGCCAGCCGUGACUAUGGAGGAGAUAGAGCGGCAGCUGUCAGCGGCCAAGUCGUGGAAGGCACCUGGUGAAGACGGCCUACCGGCGAUCGUUUGGAAGAUGACGUGGCCCACAGUCAAGUACAGGGUCCUCGAUCUCUUUCAAGCCUCGUUGCAAGAGGGCACAGUGCCAAGACAGUGGAGACACGCGAAGAUCAUACCGCUCAAGAAGCCGAACAAAGAUGAUUACACCAUUGCAAAGGCAUGGAGGCCUAUCUCACUCCUUGCGACACUCGGAAAGAUACUCGAAUCGGUGGUCGCAGAGAGGAUCUCGCACGCGGUGGAGACGCAUGGACUGCUCCCGACGAGCCAUUUUGGGGCCCGAAAGCAGCGGUCCGCAGAGCAAGCACUGGUGUUCCUGCAGGAGCAAAUCUAUGCGGCGUGGCGCGGCCGGCGAGUGCUGAGCUUGAUCAGCUUCGAUGUCAAAGGAGCCUACAACGGAGUAUGCAAAGAACGACUGCUCCAGAGGAUGAAAGCCCGAGGCAUACCACAGAUCCUGCUUCGUUGGGUUGAGGCCUUCUGCUCGGAACGAACGGCGAACAUCCUGAUCAACGGGCAAGUAUCUGAAACUGAAAGCUUGCCACAAGCCGGGCUGCCGCAGGGCUCGCCCCUGUCUCCGAUUCUAUUUCUUUUCUUCAACGCAGACCUCGUGCAAAGACAGAUCGACAGCCAGGGAGGAGCAGUCGCUUUCGUGGAUGGUUUUACCGCGUGGGUGACCGGUCCGACCGCGCAGAGUAACCGGGAAGGAAUUGAAGCCAUCAUCAACGAGGCGCUCAACUGGGAAAAGAGAAGUGGAGCGACCUUUGAAGCGGACAAGACGGCUAUCAUACACUUUGCUCCCAAGAUGCGCAAAUCGGACCAUGAGCCGUUCACCAUCAAGGGGCAGACGGUGGUACCAACAGACCACGUCAAGAUCCUGGGUGUCGUGAUGGACACAAGACUCAAGUACAAGGAACAUAUUGCGAGGGCAGCGUCCAAGGGUCUUGAAGCAACGAUGGAGCUUCGGCGACUCCGUGGUCUAUCCGCAGCGACUGCGCGGCAGCUCUUCACGUCAACGGUGGCACCGGUCGUAGACUACGCCUCCAAUGUCUGGAUGCACGCAUGCAAGGAUAAGGGCAUGGGACCAAUCCACCGAGUCCAGAGAGUAGGCGCACAAGCCAUUGUGGGGACAUUUCUUACGGUCGCGACUAGUGUCGCAGAGGCGGAGGCUCACAUAGCUACUGCGCGGCGUCGAUUCUGGAAACGAUCCGUGAAAAUGUGGACAGACAUCCACACCUUGCCGGGAACCAACCCUCUCCGCCGGUGUACAGAUCAGAUCAGAAAGUUCAGAAGAUACCACCGCUCACCGCUGUAUCAUGUAGCCGAUGCGCUUAAGCACAUCGACAUGGAGACUUUGGAGACGAUUAACCCCUUCACGCUUGCCCCGUGGGCGGAACGCGUGCAGACCGAUGGUGGUGAACAGCUUGAGGGCCCGGCCGAAGCGGGCGGGUGCAUGCAGGUCGCGGGUAGCAGUUCGGCACGGAACGAGCUGGUGGGUUUUGGAGUGGCCCUCGAGAAGCGACCACCUCGAAAUCGAAAGCUCAAACACAAAACGCUAUCCAUCACCUUGGCCGCAAGAGCAGAGCAGAAUCCAUUCUCUGCGGAACUGGCAGCCAUGGCACACGUAUUGAGCACGGUGCCAGGGCUGAAAGACUACAGGAUCACACUGCUCACAAGCAACAAAGCGGCGGUUCUCACACUCAGAAACCCUCGACAGCAAUCUGGCCAGGAAUUUGUCUGUCGGAUAUACAAGUUGAUUAAAAGGUUGCAGAGAAACCGAACCCAUGUUCAAUUUCGCUGGGUUUCUGCCAGUGAAGACAACAAGCUGCUAGGCCUGGCUAAAGUACAGGCUAGAGCCGCGACACAAGAAGACGCCCUCCUACAAGAAAGCGCCCCAAGGAUGAAAUCGACCACACUGAAUCUCGCACGGUCUCAAGCAGUCCCCAGAAAUACCUUGCCAGCGGACGUCGGAAAGCACGCCAAACGAGUAGAUGCAGCACUUCCAGGAAAACACACGCGACUGCUGUAUGAUCGCUUGUCAUGGAAGGAAGCGACCGUGCUAGCCCAACUCCGGACGGGCAUGGCGAGACUGAAUAGAUACCUCUAUCGAAUCAACGCGGCCGCCACUGAUCAGUGUGCAUGCGGACAGGCCAAGGAAACUGUGGAGCACUUCCUCUUUCGAUGUCGGAAGUGGACCGCACAUCGGACGGAGAUGCUACAAUGUACCGACAUCCACCGAGGGAAUCUAUCCUUCUACCUGGGAGGGAAGUCGCCCUCCGACGAUCAAAGGUGGACGCCAAACUUAGAGGCAGUACGGGCCUCAAUACGAUUCGCCAUAGCCACAGGCCGCCUCGAGGCCACUUAA